AUGGGAAAGCAUGAACAGGUGAAGUCCUUGGAUACCAACAAUUACAAGGUCAAAGCUAAGUCAACCACCAUGAUCCCUGAUGCCCAGAAGCAACUGAGGUUUGAACUGGAGUCACUCAAGAGUCAGCUACAGGCGCAGACCAAGGCCUUCGAGUUCCUUAACCACUCUGUGACCAUGUUGGAAAAAGAGAGCUGCUUGCAGCAAAUCAAGAUCCAGCAGCUUGAAGAGGUGCUGAACCCCGUGAUGUGCCAGACACAGAAGGAUCUGCACAAGUGGGGCCUGGAGCAAGGUCGGCAGGAGCUGUUCAGGGCCCUGGCCCAGGGUCUACAGGGACUACAGAAGACCCUGCAGGACAGUGAGGAGGUGCAGCAGGCCCGCACCACCCGCUGCCUGCAGCUGCUGGCCCAGGAGAUCCAGGACAGCAAGAAGUUCCUGUGGGAGGAGCUGGAGCUGGUUCGAGAGGAGGUGACCUUCAUCUACCAGAAGCUUCAAGCUCAGGAAGAGGAGAUCGCAGAGAACCUGGUGAACAUCAAGAAGAUGCAGAAGACUCAGGUGAAGUGUCGCAAGGUCCUGACCAAGAUGAAACAACAGAACUAUGACACCUGGAUGGAGCCUGAGGAGAAGUCCGGAAGUGGCAGCACCUGGAAGAACACCCUCCAUAGGGAGCUGAGUGACAUAUGGUGA